AUGGCACAUAUCACACUGCUGGGGCUCAUCCUCUGGCUGUGUCUCGCAGCGGCAAAGCCAAUAGAGUCUGACGUCUUCUCCGACACAACAGACUACCCUCUCCCCAACCUAGGCAAUGUGGCGGUGCACGACCCCAGCAUCAUAUACCAUGACGACCACUACUAUAUGUUCAAGGGCGGAGUCAGGAUUCCCAUAUUCAAAGCCUCCCAGCUCUCGGGACCCUGGCAAAAGAUCGGCACAGUGCUAGAAGGCGAAAGCGUCGUCAGGAAACAGAACCGCUCGCGACCCUGGGCACCAACGGUGACGCAGUGGAAGGGCCGCUUCUACUGCUUCUACUCUAUUAGCAAAAAUGGCAGGCGGAAUAGCGCCAUUGGGCUUGCGUCGUCGGAUUCCAUCGAGCCGGGGUCCUGGACUGACCACGGCGCCCUGUUCAAUACUGGCAAGGGCCGUCUGUCUGGCAUCUAUCCUUAUAGCGUGACGAAUGCCAUCGAUCCGGCGUUCUUCGUGGAUCCUGCGUCGGGUAAGCCGUAUUUGCAGUAUGGCAGCUACUGGAAGGGUAUAUUCCAGAUCCCAUUGACAGAUGGUUUAUCUAUUGCGAACCCAAAGAAGCCGAAUGCGGACCAUCUGGCGUAUGUGCCGAAUAAGAAGCGCAAACCUAUUGAGGGAUCGUUUCUCAGUUACAAGGCUCCGUACUACUAUACUUGGUUCAGCCAUGGGCAAUGCUGCCAUUUCCAUAUCCAGGGAUUCCCGAGGAAGGGGGAUGAGUAUAAUAUCCGCGUUGGAAGGUCUACGAGCGUCCACGGCCCAUUCGUUGAUCGGGAUGGUAAGAAGCUGCUGGAGGGAGGCGGCUCCAUUGUAUACGGCUCGAACCACAAAGAAGUGUAUGCCCCCGGCGGGUUGGGCGUUCUGUCCGGCAGUGAUGACGGCUCUGACAUUCUAUUCUAUCAUUACUUGAACACUACCAUUGGCGUCCGCCAUAAGGACGCACAACUGGGCUGGAACUACCUCGACUACGUAGCUGGAUGGCCUGUCCCAAGCGACAAACGACCACAGCAACACCAAGUCAACAACGAACCUGACCCUGAACCCGACCCUGAACCUGAACCUGAACCCACUGAUCCGUCCACCCACAGAGAGCCCCAGAGCUCUGAUACAAGACUCUUACCCCGUUAUUUGGCCCCGGUACUUGCAAAUAUGUGUACGUGUAUUCUCCUAGGAGUCCUGGCACAUAAAGGAUUAAUUCGCCGACGCUGGAUCGUUAUCGUUCCGAUUGCUUGCCUCGUUGCGUGGUUCCUCGCUGUGUCUGGCGUUCGUUUCUAA